AUGGCACACACGGAAGGUCAGCACGAGACAGGCAGGGGAGACGGGAGAGAGACGGAGGGAGGCGUAUGUGUGUUCUGUCUGUGUGUUGUGUGUUGUGUGUGCAGAGGAGAUCUAUUUCCACCCGCUGACGUACAAGACGAGGGUGUGCCCGUCUCGCUCAUGCAGCCGCAAGCACUGCCCCUUCAUUCACGGCUUCGCUGAGGAGCGGAGAGGUCAGAAACUCCACACACAGACAGACACAUCCAAACAAGAGAGAGACCUACGUUCACCUCACCCACCCUGUGUGUGGUGUGUGUGUUGAUUCCAUCCAUCCAUCAGACAUGCGCUACUUGAUGCGUUUCGAGGCCUUCGACGACGCCGGGCUGCCCUACCCACCGAUGGCGACCUUGACCAUCCACACCGACGGCACCACCAUGCUGCAGCUGUCGGCCACCCCCGCACACCCUCCCCUCCUGGACCUCGUGCAGCAGCAGCAGCACCGACACAUCACCACACACAACAAGGCGCCGGUGGUCGUCGGCGACACCGGCGGCGCACCAGACGAAGGCGACGAGAUGGGCACCACGGGCGAGUGCGUGAGCACCACCACGGCGUCAUCCACUCAGUCGACCAUUCCGCCCCCUCCCGUCCUGCUGCCGGCCGGCGUCAUGGCCCCGCACCCCGGCCUGGCCAGUGUGUUCCCGGAUGACCCGCAGGUGUCGUGCCAGCUGGCUGCCCUCUUCAUGGCCUGGGACGGCAUGGUGGACAUGGGCAACUGAGUGAGUGAAUGAACUGGUGAGGGAGGAGGGUGGGGUGAGUGGGGAUGGUCAAUUGUCUGCACGACAAGACAGGUAGGUUGGUUUUCUCAAGUGGAGAGGGCGAGAGAGAGGGAGGGAGGGAGGGAGGGAGAGAGAGGCAGGUGACCAUUUUGCGUUUGCUCCUUUGUGUUGCCUGCAUGUCGUGUAUGCCUGUGUACCUACCAGGGUACAUGUGUCGUGUUCGUGUGUGUUCGUGUGUGUGUGUGUGUGUGUCUGUGUGUGUGGUGCGCUGUAUUGUGACGGUCGGGUGACCUGGGCACACGUCUGCCGGCCAAGUGGCGCGUGGCGUGCAUGUGGCCUGCUUCACGGGACCAGCACCACGACACACAGCAGGGAGCCUUUUUUGUCUUCUACUCCUGUAAGGCCGCACUACAUGUGUACUCCUCGCAAACACACCCACACGCACAUUCACUUGCUGUCUGACGGUGUGUCUGCGUGGUGCACACACACACAAGAGAGAGAGGGAGAGAGGGACCACAUCUAUGGGCGUUCGGCAGAGUGGUUGUUGACGUUCACCGAUGCUGUCGUUUUUUCCCACAGCACGCACACACACCCAUUGUGUGCGUGCCCACACUUCACACGGAAGCCUGGCUGGUGGAUGGUAUUUGUUAACGAACAAACGGCUUUCUGGUGCUGCCUGCUGCCUACUCCCUCCCUCUCUCGAUGCUUUCAUACUUUUAUUUGUGCCAUUACAUACAUACACACACAUCAUGAUGUGUAUUCGCUACAUACAUAUGCAAUGGAUGGAUGGAUGCGUUGUGUAUUCAUUGCGCGAGCGAGACCAGGACAGGACAGCACGGCAAAUGAAGGCAGCAGAGGCCGCAACGAUGCUACCUACCUACUAUAUACAUGUAAAGGUAUGUAUUUGUCACUCACUCCCUCACUCCUUUCUUCCCGCCCAUGGCCAUGCAGACGUGGUACGUGUCGUCGCACUCUUCCCGUCCGUCUCCUCCUCUCUCUUCUGGCUGAAGUGCUUCUUACCACUGAACUGGACUCCCUCACUGCAUACGUCUGUGUGUGUAUGUGCCCCUUUCUCUACUUGCGUGUGUGUGUGUGUCACACGCGGGUCUAUAAUUCGUCCAAGCUUGGUGUCUUCCUUCCCGCCUGCCUGCCUGUCUGUCUGUCUCUCUGUCUGUGUGUUCGUGUGCGUAUGAGCAUGGCCAUGGUAUACAGGUGGGGCCGGCACCAGGCCUGGCCAGCGCUUAUAAUAUCUUGCAUGUUAUAUGUAUCUCCUUUCUACAGGUACCGACCGAUCGUAUCUCUUUCUCUCUGCGUGUGAGUGGCAUGAGUGAGCGAGUGCCUGCCGUGUGUAUCCUAUACAUGCCUGCCUGCCAGCGCAUGCCAUGGUGCGGUUGCUAUUCGUCCGUGUGUGUGCGCGUGCGUAUUGCUGUAUACUGACGGUUCGCUCUUCGUGCGCUCCGUCAACCUGUGUGUCUAUCUCUGUGGGUGUGAACGUGUUGCUGGCUGUGUCAUGAUCGCUCGCUCCAUCGCCCCAUCUGUGUCUGAGUGUGUUCACCUUUCUGGCUGCCGCCCUGCCUGUCUGACCGUCUGCGUUGAUUCCUUUGGUUGGUCUGCUCUGCCCUUCCCGGCCUUGCCGGCCGACCGACCGAUCGUAUCUUUCUCGUUUUCCCUCCCCUCGCGUCGCUGUCUUGAUGAAUGAUGUCACCACCGUGUUCCUCUUCACUCCUCACCUUCCUCGAUGAUGCAGACUGGAUGAUACACACAAGGUAUCCAUCACGUCUGUGUCGUCCAGGUUGGUCAUGGUUGGAAAGAAACAGUGGAAGACAUCAGAUUGCCGAGUGGGGCACGGCACGGCAAGAGUGUGGCUGCCACCCCAUCCCACCCCACCCUGCUGACUGACUGACCGAUCGCAUGCAUCUCCUCUUCCUCACACCAUCUACCAUCCAUCCUUGCCAUCUCCGCGGUCUCCCCACCUUCCCGGAGCCACUGUGUAAACACACAUACGUAACAUACACACACAGGUGUGCGAGCAAGGACGCGACAUGACAUGGGGUGGGUUGAUGGCCUUUGAAGCGAGCCGACAGACAGACAGACAAGUCUGUUGUGCACGUGAGUGGGAGGGGUGGAUAGAUAGGUGCUUCGUUUGUUCAUUGAAAUCGCAGGAGCGAGAGCGAGAGAGAGAGAGAGAGAGAGAGAAGCCAGGGAGGUCCGAUUGAUUCACCGACACACGCGCGCAGCACAGACAGGUGGAAUUCUUCUCUCAACGGACUCACUCACACACAUGGAUGGAUGGAUGGAUGGUCUGUAGGCCUGUCUGUCGCGUCGAUUUUGAGCUGAGCUGUCUGUCUGUCUGUCUCGUCUGCGUCUGAUCGCACGCACCGCACCAUGCCUGCCUAGUGGACCGAAGGCGAGUGAAGGGGAUGGGAUUCUGU